AUGAAGACACUGCGGUUUCUUGCAGCUGAGGGCUUCAUCCAGAGUGGGCCAAGUGCUCUGGAGAACCUGAACUCUCUGUCCUUUAAUCUCUACCCACUGAUCUUCAAAGCCUGCUACCUGCAUGAGCAGACGGACCUGCUGCACGCUUUAGUGCAAGCAUGGCCUCUCCCUGAUCUGAACUUGCAAAGACUCCUGGGAAAAACAGCCGAUUGCCAGAUAGAUCUCACCUCCCGCACCUGCCGCCUUUGUCUGGGGGCCAUUCUAACGGGCUUAAAGGUAAUUAUGUUUGUAAUUAUUAGUCUGUAUAAUCUGUUGUUGGCAGGUGACUCUACAUGCAUGAGUCCAGUUACACUGAUCUGAGUGCAGGGUCAUUAGUGUAUUUAGAUAAGUAGAAAUAUUUGGAAACAUAUGGCAAAAGCCUGCUCUGUGAAGUGGCAGGAGAGAACUCACUUUGGGUGAUAUACAAGGUUCAACAAAAACAUGUUGAUUAAUGCUAUUUACUAUAAUAGGAUUUGCAAGAUUAUGCUUGUUUCAGCUUCUUUAGCUAAUCAUGAUCUUUAAAGGUUAAAAACUCAAAAUACUUUCAAUUUUCUUUUCAAAGGAUUAUGUGCUGUCUCCUCCAAAAACCUACACAAAGAACCUUCGUACUGUGGACCUGACUGCCCUAAAGGAUGUAGAGCAUCAAACCUGCCCCUGCAAGUUAUCCAUGGGUAGAUGGGGAAGAACCCAGCUCCUGACCCAAAUGUGUUAUGAGACAAUGGUGGCCAUGCAAGCCAACAACGUCCCCCCGUCUGUCUUUGAAACCUCCAUUGAAGUCCGUAUAAACGGCUUUGUCACAGGCCGCAACUAUGAGCUGGUGGCUCAGGCGUUCCUCCUCCUCCGCUACUGUCCAUUAAAACCUCAAUUUGUUAGUUUUCGGGCCGACUCUCUCGCCCUCAAGCAGCUGUUUUAUGUCCUUCGUCUAUCAGAACCUGAGUUCAUUGAAAAGCUGGAGGUUGUUCACAAUAUCCCUUUGGAGGCUGUACACCUGGAGGUGCUCUUGUCCAGAGUGGAGUUCCCCAAGUUAAAGUCUUUAACGCUGCCAGCUGGGGCGUUGGAUGUGAGGAGGUUGGGCUCUGAUGAAGAAGAUCUGCUGGCCACUAUCGGCAAUCAGCUGGCACAGCUGAGCUCCCUGACUGAGCUCUGCAUUGGUUUUUCCACGCUCACCGGACACCUGCGCAGGCUGUUGAAGUGAGUAACCGGACCGAGGGAGGGAAGAAGACAACAAGGUGUCCUUGUGUUCAUGUGGGUUUAUGUGUAACAGGUGACUAACAGCUCUCAUGUCAGUCCUGCGUGCAAAUUUCAGCAUUAAAGGCUGUAGGGCUCUGCUUUAACAAUGGAAAGUAUUUAGUUGAUAGAAUAGCUGACAUGAUGCCAGAGUGAAGAUAGACAGGAACCUGCUGGACUGACUUCAACAUUCAAAGAGAACAGGAGCAGAAAGAAAAAAACAACAGAGCUCCUAUGGUCUGUCUGUAACAUCAUUGAGACAUUUUUAUUAGAGCAAAUAGAUGCAAAAGGUCAAAGUCAAAAUACAGGAAAGAAACUGAAAGUAGUUGAACUUAAACUUACCUAGAAAUGCAUUCCCAGCACCACGACUGCAUGACUAAUCCUAUGAAACUUGUCUUCCUAAGUAGAUAAAAUUUACAUUAGAAAUAUAUUUUUAUACAUAUGCUUUUUUGCUUCUUUCUGUGACCCUUCAUUCCACACUUAUUAAUCUCUGUUACUUUUAUCUUAUCCUUACCCAGCCCUCUCAACACUCCACUGCAGAGCUUGGACCUGGCUAACUGCUGCCUGAGCCGUGUGGACAUGACCUACCUCUCCAACAGCCUUCACAGCGAGGCUCUUGUCCGCCUGGAUCUCAGUGGGCACAACAUCUUUGUCACUUUCUCCACUUCUCUUCAAAAACUGCUCAACCGCUGCUCAGCCACACUGUCCAGCCUGGCCCUUGAGGAGUGUGACAUAGAGGACGAGCACAUGGACACCUUCAUGAAUGCCCUGUCCGGCUGCCAGAUGCUGGAGGAGCUGAAACUCCUGGGAAACCCUUUAACUUCUGCAGCCCUCCGUAGAUUGUUCUCUAUGCUUUCUGCAGGCUUCCCCAAAUUAAAAUACAUAGAAGCACCAGUUCCCAGGGAUUGCUACCCUGAGGAUGUCACGUAUCCUCUUGAAGAUUCAGUCCUGAUGCGCUACAACAAGGAGAUGUUCCGGGAAGUCAGAGACCAGCUGACAGGGAUCCUGGAGAGAGCCGGGAGAGGAAGAGUGGAGGUGUGCACGCCUCUUAUGGGGGCUUAUGACCCGGACAUUAAUGAGACCAGCAACGAGCUCGGAGUGUCCAUGUUGAAAUCUUUCAAUACGGUCAUUGGAAACUUUAUCGGAACAAUUAAUGCCGUGGACUGCAGAAGAUCACACACUCAGACAGAGACUGAAUGA